GUUACAUGUGGCACAUAUACAAUUCAACACCUCCUAGUCCUAUCACCCAGACACUCUCUUGACUCUGCGAAGAGAAAGUGUUACUAUUUUCUUCUUCUCUUCUUUGAUCAUUACACGGUGUCACUGUACAUUCGUGUGCUUAAACGGAUCAAUGGCUUUCUGUCACAGACUCAACAGCUUCACCAUUUCUGCGUUUAAACCUCAAACCUCCAAUGUCUCACUUUCAAUUCAACCUUCCUUCACUCUCCAAUCUCCUUCUUCUUCCUUCAAACUUCAAAACUCUCCUUUUAAAGUCCGCUUUAAUUCAAUCAUCAGAGCCACUUCUUCAUCCUCUUCUCCCACAACCAUUGCUGAACCUCAAGGCAUUAAGAUCAACUCUAUUCCUACCAAACCCAUAGAAGGACAAAAAACUGGUACAAGCGGUCUACGAAAAAAGGUGAAAGUGUUUAUGCAAGAAAAUUACCUUGCAAAUUGGAUUCAGGCACUGUUUAAUUCAUUGCCUCCGGAGGAUUACAAAAAUGGAGUGUUGGUGUUGGGAGGUGAUGGUCGAUACUUUAAUAGAGAAGCUACACAGAUAAUAGUCAAAAUUGCUGCUGGAAAUGGUGUUGGAAAAAUUCUGGUUGGAAAGGAAGGGAUAUUGUCAACACCAGCCGUUUCUGCUGUGAUAAGGAAGAGGCAGGCGAAUGGUGGAUUUAUUAUGAGUGCAAGCCAUAAUCCCGGUGGUCCUGAAUAUGAUUGGGGUAUUAAGUUUAAUUACAGUAGUGGACAACCUGCACCAGAAUCCAUCACUGACAAGAUUUACGGAAACACCCUAUCUAUUUCUGAGAUAAAGAUUGCUGACAUUCCUGACGUUGACUUAUCAAAUGUUGGGGUUACAAAAUUCGGAAGCUUCAAUGUGGAAGUAAUAGACCCAGUUUCUGAUUAUCUGGAGCUAUUGGAGACAGUAUUUGAUUUUCAGCUAAUCAAAGGUCUUGUUUCACGGCCAGAUUUUAGGUUUACAUUUGAUGCCAUGCAUGCAGUUGCUGGUGCUUAUGCAACCCCCAUCUUUGUUGAUAAACUUGGUGCUACUCCGGAUUCAAUUUCAAAUGGAAUACCUUUGGAAGAUUUUGGACAUGGUCAUCCUGAUCCUAAUCUAACAUAUGCAAAGGAUCUUGUCAACAUUAUGUAUGCUGAAAAUGGACCUGAUUUUGGAGCUGCUAGUGAUGGUGACGGGGAUAGAAAUAUGAUUUUAGGAACGAGUUUCUUUGUAACUCCUUCGGACUCUGUAGCGGUUAUUGCAGCCAAUGCAAAAGAAGCGAUUCCAUACUUCAAGAACAGUGUUAAGGGUCUUGCACGAUCAAUGCCGACAAGUGGUGCUCUAGAUAGAGUUGCUGAAAAGUUGAACCUCCCUUUUUUUGAGGUGCCCACUGGUUGGAAAUUUUUUGGGAAUCUUAUGGAUGCUGGGAAUUUGUCAAUUUGCGGGGAAGAGAGUUUUGGAACAGGUUCUGACCACAUUCGGGAGAAAGACGGAAUCUGGGCUGUAUUAGCUUGGCUUUCUAUUAUUGCUCACCGCAACAAAGACACGAAACCAGGGGAGAAAUUGAUCUCUGUAUCUGAUGUUGUAAAGGAACAUUGGGCAACCUAUGGUAGAAAUUUCUUUUCUAGAUAUGACUACGAGGAAUGUGAAUCCGAAGGGGCCAAUAAGAUGAUAGAGUAUCUAAGAGAGUGUUUGUCUAAGAGCAAGUCCGGUGAUAAGUAUGGAAGUUAUGUCCUCCAGUUUGCAGAUGAUUUUACAUACACAGAUCCUGUAGAUGGAAGUGUGGUAUCAAAACAAGGGGUCCGGUUUGUUUUUACGGAUGGCUCAAGGAUUAUUUAUCGUUUAUCAGGAACGGGUUCCGCUGGUGCAACUGUUAGAGUGUAUAUUGAACAGUUUGAACCAGAUGUUUCUAAACACGACCUUGACGCUCAAAUUGCUUUGAAACCAUUAAUAGACUUAGCAUUAUCCGUUUCAAAGCUCAAAGAGUUCACAGGGAGAGAGAAGCCUACAGUCAUCACUUAAAAAUGUACAUAUUCCACAACCACUCAUCAAAAUGUACUCCAAGUUGAGUGCAUUGCGCCUAUCCCAUUAUUACCUGAGAUCAAUUCGGUUUGUCAUUUUUCAGUUUUGGUUGUUUUACCCUUUUGGAGCAUAGUCCUCCCUAUGUAAAAUAUGAUAUUUAUAUGCACUUUUAAGAAAUGAAAUACCAUUGUGUAACUAAAUAAAUAAUAGUAUUAAUUAAUAAUAUCUAGCUUCUCUGUAAACGGAGCUUUUGUUU